CACUCCUUCCCCUCUGGCUUCCCGCAGGAUGAGGGUGAGGACCCCUGGUACCACAAAGCAUGCAAAUGCGAUUGCCAAGGAGGUGCCAAUGCCCUCUGGUCUGCUGGCGCCACCUCCUUAGACUGCAUUCCGGAAUGCCCAUAUCAUAAGCCCCUGGGUUUUGAAUCAGGAGAAGUUACACCAGACCAGAUCACCUGCUCCAACCUGGAACAGUACGUGGGCUGGUAUUCCUCGUGGACCGCUAACAAGGCCCGGCUCAACAGUCAAGGCUUUGGGUGCGCCUGGCUGUCCAAGUACCAGGACAGCAGCCAGUGGCUAGAGAUAGAUCUGAAGGAGGUCAAGGUGAUUUCAGGGAUCCUCACCCAGGGGCGCUGUGACAUUGAUGAGUGGAUGACCAAGUACAGCGUGCAGUACAGGACCGAUGAGAACCUGAACUGGAUUUACUAUAAGGACCAGACAGGAAACAACCGGGUCUUCUACGGCAACUCAGACCGAACCUCCACGGUCCAGAACCUCCUGCGGCCCCCCAUCAUUUCCCGCUUCAUCCGGCUGAUCCCACUGGGCUGGCACGUCCGCAUUGCCAUCCGGAUGGAGCUGCUGGAGUGCGUCAGCAAGUGUGCGUGACGCCUCCUUCGGCUCGGCACCUGCCAGGUGGGGUGGAGGGCGCAGAGCAGCCUGUAGGGGAACAUUGACGCGACCAGGGCUUGAACAGGGUGACAAACAGGGCUGAAUUUUACAAGCUCUUUUCAAAGCAGAGCUGGGCAGAAAUAAUUUCUUUUUUUUAAGAUAUAGUUUCCAAUGUCAAUGAGAGAGAAAGAAAAAUGAACUCAUUCCCCACUCAGGGCCAAAGAAAAUAAGAACAAAGAAAAUGUCCCUAAAGACAAUGUUCAUCAAAAGCCUAAGUAGCAGGGGUAAUUUUCUGCUCUCGGGUUUUUGUGUUUG